AUGAAUCCCCUUCAAAUCUUGCUAAUAGUUAUCCUAACUUCUCAAAUCUCCACCUCUAAUUUUACGGAAUUAGAAAAAGAGAAACUCAAAAUUUCCCACGAAUUCGCCAAAAUUUUCCUCGAAACCAGUCUUCCAAUGUAUAUUCAACACAAAAUGCACGAUAAAUUGAAAAAUUCACUUAUCGGAACUAAAUUCAAUUUCAAAGAUUGUCAAGGUAAAGAAUAUGAUGCUCAAGGAUUUGUGGAUAAUUAUUUAUUGGCUGGGAAAAUUGGAGAGAAUUUGACAAUAGCUGAUAUUGCAGCUGGAAGUUUGUCAGUUUUAUUGAGAAAAGAAUUUGCGAGAACUUAUUUUACAACAAUUCACACGAGUUUGGAUAGUUAUAAGGUUUCGGUGACUGCUUUGAAUUUUGAAACUGAUUUGGAGAUUUAUACUAUUGUUCCGGAUUGUAAGAUUCAGUAUUGUAAUUAA